UCUCUGUCUCUCUUAUUAAUCUGCAUUGUAAUUCUACGUAGUCAGUAUAAAUUUCAUGAGUGCGGGUGCCGCCAUAUUACUACAAGGUUUUAAAAAAGUACAUCUUUUCGAAUAUUUUCUACGUAGGCUGCUUUAUCGAGAACGGCAAAAGAACAUUUUUUACCUUUUCAGCGGUUGGUGUAGAAAUAAAACCAAAACAAAUUCUUUGCGAAGUUUUAUUUAAUAUAAUGUUAUUCAAAACAUUUUGUUCCAUUACGGGAAAAUACAACGCAGAAUAAGACAGCUGGUAUCAAAGCCUAUUUAUAAUUAAUAACACCGUAAUCCAGCAUAUUAAAGGAAAUAAAAUGUCUUUAGCACCGAGAAUUUGCACGAACUUAAUAAAAGGCACCGUCAAGCGGUUGAUCGAAAAUGUACCCAUAGCUAAUAGGAAAUUUCAUGGCAUGGCUAGUCUUUUGCAGCCCAGAUCGACAUCAUAUUUUUCAUCUAUACCCACCACUGCACAGUCCACCAACCUGCAAAUACCAGUUUUGGGGAAUAUGCAACGUCUUUUAAUGCCUGUUACAACAUUAUUAAAUCAUCUAGCUGGGUUUAAGGUGAAGGGUCGCGUAAAACGGCGAUGCAAGGAUUGUUAUUUCGUAAUGCGGCAACAGAGAUUAUACAACAUAUGCCCAACUCAUCCACGUCAUAAACAAAUGUCUAUGAAGAAGCGUGACUACAAAACGUGGAUUCUAACACAUGCUACACAGUCGAAGAUAAGACCUUAUUAAGACAGGAAUGAUAGCCUUUUUUAUUGUGAUGUGUCAGAUAUAAAGAAUAAAAGCCUAUAAAAGGCUUUUCUUAGGACCGAAAGGUUUAAUUCUUUUAAAUGGAAACUUGGCGAUAUGUAGUAAUUUUGGAAAUACAAAAUUUCACCUAAAAAUUGCUUCCUCUUUUUUCUUUGAGUUAAUGCAGGAGCAGCAGUCGUGUGAAAUUUAAAAGCGAUGAUUGGAAAUAAAAUUUAAAUACCUAUGGCUCUCA